UCUGCGGAGGGCAGGGGCGAGCGCCAGGCGGCGGAGAGGGCGAGUGACUCGCGGAGCCGAAGCCAUGGUUCAGCAGGUGCUCUACCGGGCGCUGGUCUCCACCAAGUGGCUGGCGGAGUCGGUCCGGGCCGGCAAGGUGGGGCCUGGCCUGCGAGUACUGGACGCAUCUUGGUACUCCCCGGGCACCCGCCAGGCCCGCCAGGAGUACCAGGAGCGGCAUGUGCCCGGUGCCUCCUUCUUUGACAUCGAGGAAUGCCGGGACACGGCGUCGCCCUACGAGAUGAUGCUGCCCAGCGAGGCGGGCUUCGCUGACUACGUGGGCCGGCUGGGCAUCAGCAACGACACCCACGUGGUGGUCUACGAUGGCGACCACCUGGGCAGCUUCUACGCCCCGCGGGUCUGGUGGAUGUUCCGCGUGUUCGGCCACCGCAUGGUGUCAGUGCUCAAUGGUGGCUUCCGGAACUGGCUGAAGGAGGGCCACCCGGUGACCUCAGAGCCCUCCCGGCCUGAGCCGGCUGUUUUCAAAGCCACCCUGGACCGCUCCCUGCUCAAGACGUAUGAGCAGGUGCUGGAGAACCUGCAGUCUAAGAGGUUCCAGCUGGUGGAUUCCCGGGCCCAGGGGCGGUACCUGGGCACCGAACCGGAGCCGGAUGCAGUAGGCCUGGGCUCGGGCCACAUCCGCGGCUCGCUCAACAUGCCCUUCAUGGACUUCCUGACGCCUGACGGCUUCGAGAAGAGCCCGGAAGAGCUCCGUGCCAUGUUCCAGGCCAAGCAGGUGGACCUCUCGCAGCCCCUCAUUGCCACCUGCCGCAAGGGGGUCACCGCCUGCCACAUCGCCCUGGCCGCCUACCUCUGUGGCAAGCCCGAUGUGGCUGUCUAUGACGGCUCCUGGUCCGAGUGGUUCCGCCGGGCGCCCCCAGACACCCGGGUGUCUCAGGGCAAGGGCGGGAAGGCCUGAGCCGAGGCCUCGGCUCUGCUCUACUCACCGGGUCUCGACCAGCGCAGUGAGCCUGGCCCCAGCUGCCGCUGGCCCAGACCUCGUAGGCAAAGGAGAUCGGCACCUUCUUAGCAUUGCUAUGCGCAGCUCACCCUCCCCCCACCAGCACUGGAAUAAACGUGGUCUUUUCCGA